AUGGCUGUCCGCAGUGCCACGCUGCUCUCACACGGGCUGCUUCUGUGCCUGGGGCUGCUGCUUUCGGCUGCCCUCUCUGCGGGCGCUGACGACGCCUGUGUGCUCUUCAAUAAGCAGCGCACCACCAUGGGCCCUCCUAUCACGGUCAGCCCCGCAGUCUAUGCCAGCAACACACGCUACGAAGUCACCGUCCCUGUGAACGACAACACCGUCUCUGUGUACCUGCGAGCUCUAGACAAGAGCUAUAAGUCAGUCGGCACCUGGCAAAACACCAGCCAAGAAGUCCAAGGGUGUAAGGGCACUGGCAUAUAUAACCAAGAAACCUUCAACGGCACAUCCUUCCAGGCGAACUGGCUGUCUCCAAACUUCUCAGAUGUCACUAAAGUCAAGAUACAAGUCAUCACUAUCUACAAUGACCAAAAUGCGUCCUAUUCUUAUCUGCAGCUGGAGAGUACAGUAAUGACGCCAACCAUGACCCUCCCGAGUGUGACCAGCCCAACUAUGACCAGCCAGACUGCGGCCAGCCAGACUGGGACCCGCCAGACCGUGGCCAGCCAGACCAACCAGACCACAACCAGACAGGUCACAACCACCACUGGGAAACGAACCACGAGCAUCAGUUUUGGCAACAAAGUUUACAGCAGCCCCAUCAGUAGUGCCAUUCAGAUCCUGCUCGUCUUCCUCACCAGCCGACUCCUCUUCUGAAAGGAAGCGAGGAGACAUUGCCCCUGAGCCCCACUGCACCUUCCCAUAUCCCGCUCCAACUCAGUGCUCGGACCUGUUUCAAAGACGGCUUGACCUCCUUUUAUGUGCAAGCUCUACCGCCACUACUUCUGAUCAAAAUGGAAAUCUGAGGUCACAUGGUAGAGGGUAGUGGGUAGCCAGUCAACUCGGUGGCGGCCUUGAGUCGCCAGAUGGUCAACUGACAUUUUUCACAACAGAAAACUAUGCUUUCUGUGACUACCUAGAUCUGGCCUGGUGGUACAAUGGUUAAGUGCAGGGGUCCUCCAACUACGGCCCAGGGCCCACAUGCGGCCCGUGGACGACACUUAUCCAGCCCGCCGGGUGUUUUGUCCCAUUUGUUUCUUUACUUCAAAAUAAGA